AAAGUGAGUGAGUAUGCAGCCAUUGGCAUUCCCAGAUGUGGUCCAGCAAGUCCAUUUAAAGGACACUUGAGUACUAAGAGUAAUGCUUUCUGCAUUGACUCCUCCCGAAGUCUGACUAGCCAGUACCUGAUCAGAGAUCACAUGGUGUUUCAUUAUAACAGAAUCCUUUCAGCCAAAGCAGCUGUAGACUGUUCAGUGCCCAAAAGUAGGUUGAGAAGCAUCAAAUUUGCUGACCAGCAAAGAAGAGAGAAACUUAAAAAGAAGAUAGCCAGGUGUGAAGAGGAAAUGAGUGUGGGGAAAACUGCCUCCCGAUCCAGCUCAAGAGAGAGUGGAAGGCUGCUGCCAUCCUCUUUUGGAAAGAGUUUCUUGGAGGCGGAAGGCAAAGACAGUCUCUUCACCUGUGGUCGACAGGCACAGUACCUAUCAAGAGCGCUGUCUUCUUAUGGCGAGCAUGGCUUGGGUUGCUCCAGUCCAGUAAAAUAUGCCAGAAAAAUUUCUCGGAAUACAUCUAACGCAUCUAACUCAAACUCAAGUGUCAGUAUGUCAAGUACACCAAGAAAACGCUCUGGACUUUCCUGCAGUUGCUCCACUGAUAGUUUUGUGAGCAUUAAUCGCUCCCAGAGGUGUCAAGGAAGCAACUCCAAAGUAUGCAGUGGGGAUCUUCUAAACAGGCACUCUGAAUUCUUUACUGAUAGGCAAAAACCUUUUACUCCGCGCACCUUAAUAUCAGAUGCUAAAUCUUUCCUGUCAGAGUACAGGUAUUACACUCCUGCUCGAAGAAAAAGGAAAAAUCACUGCAAGCAGCAUGUGGAAGCUCAAACACAGACUGAUGUGAUCAGCUUUCCAUCCGCAGACAAAGUGUCUGAGAGAAAAGUUAUGACUGAACAGCAGAAGAUCACAUUGAAGACUGAAGAUAGAAGAUAUACUGUGUCAGAGCCUGAGAGAGGAAUAGCUGCUUUUCCGUACUCCUUCCUAAGAGACACAUCAAUGUAUUCUCAUCAAUCUUCAGCAAGGAGGACUAUCGAGGCUGAAGAAGAAGAGCUUUUAUAUUUAGCUUUCAUUGAAGAUGUAACAAAUGAAAUUCUCAGCCUUGGGCUGUUUUCUAACAGAGUUCUGGAACAACUGUUUGAGUGUCACAUACAAGAAAAUAAGAACCGUUUGGAUGAGAGCAAAAUGCGUCACUUCUUGGAUGUACUGAAAGCAGACCUUGGCUGCAGCUCGGGCAGCAGUACGGAGCAAAUCCUUGCAGGCUGGGAAGCCUCUGACUCACUCGAUUUGCAAGAGGUUGAUAUGAUGGAAGAACUUAAAUUUACCAGUAAAAGUCAGAUGCAAAGAAAAGCUACAAAAAGUGAAGAAUUCUUUGGGACCAUGGACUUGUUAAAGGAACCAAACAAAUGUGAAUCACCAGUGCGCAGAGAUUUAAAGGAGACACAGAGCAAGGAUGACUUUUCAGAUGUCAAUGAAAUGAUGAAUGCUAGGCCAGGGUCUGAUUCUUGUGUGAAAUCUGAGGAAGACCCAGACACUUCACCCUCAUGUGAGGCAACUUUAAACUUGAUUACUUGUGACAGUGUUUUGGAAGCCACCAAGGAACUUGAUGAUCUUGAGGAAAGCUUUGCAGAGGCCCUUCAUAUCUCACAUGACUAUUCAUAAUCUUAGCCAAAACUUAGCUGUUAAAAUAGGGAUAGAGCUAGUUCUGUGGAGAACAUCCAUUUAUUAAGUAGUAGUAAAUUAUUUGUUUUAUUUUCAGUUUAUUUCUGUUUAAGUACUGCUAAAAUCUCUAGCAGAGUAUUGUUAAUUGGACAUUAAUCUGUGUUAAUGUCGACUCUAAAGGGUAAAGUGUCAAUUAUCAAAAACUUUAUAUUUUGUCUAUAAUUGCAUAACUCAGAGCUAAUUUGAAAAUAUUAAAAUUAGAUGUAUAUUUUUAGAAAGCUGUAAUAGUUAUGAAAUAUUUAUUGUUUUUUUCUUUAUAAUAAAUUAAUUCAUUGCUA